AUGAAUAGCGAGCUAAAGAAAAUCCAGGAUGUCCUGGAUCCAAACAAUACAGAAUGUUUAGAUAGUCAGUGGAAGUAUGAGGAGGUGUCAGAAGACGAGGAUGAAGAGAUGAUCAGGAGCAACAAGGAGGCACUUUUAAAGAUCACACUGAACUUUCUGAAGAAAAUGAAGAAAAAGGAUCUGGCAAAUCGUCUGCAGAACAAACUUUAUGCUGCAGUUUGCCAAUGUCAGCUGAAAUCGUCUCUGAAGAAGAAGUUCCAGUGUGUGUUUGAGGGAAUUCCUAAAGCAGGAAACCCAACUCUUCUGAAUCAGAUCUACACAGAGCUCUACAUCAUAGAGGGAAGAACUGGAGAGGUCAAUAAAGAGCAUGAGGUCAGACAGAUUGAAAUAGUGUCCAUGAAACCACAGAGACCAGAAACAACAAUCAGACAAGAAGACAUCUUUAAACUCCCACCUGGAAGAGUUGAACCAAUCAGAACAGUGGUGACACAGGGAGUGGCUGGCAUUGGGAAAACAGUCCUAACACAGAAGUUCACUCUGGACUGGGCUGAAGAUAAAACCAACCAGGACAUUCAAUUCAUAUUUCCAUUCACAUUCAGAGAGUUGAAUAUGUUAAAAGAUAAAAAUUUCAGUUUGGUCGAAUUUGUUCAUCACUUCUUUACUGAAACUAAACAGAUCAGCCAUUUUGAACAGUUCCAGGUUCUGUUCAUCCUUGAUGGCCUGGAUGAGAGUCGACUUUCUCUGGACUUCCACAGCAAUGAGAUCCUGACUGAUGUUACACAACCUGCCUCAGUGGAUGUUCUGCUGACAAACCUUAUCAGAGGGAAACUGCUUCCUUCAACCCGCCUCUGGAUAACUACAAGACCUGCAGCAGCCAGUCAGAUCCCUGAUGAAUGUGUUGGCAUGGUAACAGAGGUCAGAGGAUUUACUGACCCACAGAAGGAGGAGUAUUUCAAGAAGAUCAGAGAUGAGGAGGAGGCCAGCAAGAUCAUCUCCCAUGUGGAGAAAUCACGGACCCUCCAUAUCAUGUGCCACAUCCCAGUCUUCUGCUGGAUCACUGCUACAGUUCUGGAGGAUGUGUUGAAGACCAAAGAGGGAGGAAAGCUGCCAAGCAGCCUCACUGAGAUGUACAUCCACUACCUGAUCGUUCAUACCAAAGUGAAGACAGCAAAGUAUAACAAAGGGAAAGAAACUGAUUCACCUUGGAGUCCAGAGAGCAGGAUGAUGAUUGAGUCUCUGGGGAAAAUGGCUUUUGAUCAGUUGCUGAAAAGAGACCUGAUAUUUCAUGAAGAAGACCUUAAAGCAUGUGGCAUUGAUGUCAGAGCAGCCUCAGUGUACUCAGGAGUCUUCACAGAGCUCUUUGAAGAGGAGAGAGGUCUGUGCCAGGACAAGGUUUUUUGCUUUAUCCAUCUGAGUGUUCAAGAAUUUCUAGCAGCUCUCUAUGUCCAUCUGAUCUUCAUCAAAGAUGGUCAUAAUGUGAUGGAACAAAAAACACUAUCUUCCAAGAUUUCUAUAUUUUAUAGCAAACCAAAACUAACAAAUCUCCAUCAGAGUGCCAUUAAUAAGACCAUGACAGAUACAAAUGGACAUCUGGACUUGUUCCUCCGCUUCCUCUUGGGUCUUUCAGUGCCGACAAAUGAGAGACUUCUGGAAGGGCUGGUGACACAAACAGGAAGUAACUCACAGACUAACCAGGAAACAAUCCAGUUCAUUAAGAAGAAGCUCAACAAUAAUUUGCCUGCAGAAAAAAGCAUCACUCUCUUUCACUGCCUCAAUGAACUGAAUGAUCACACCCUAGUUGAGGAAGUCCAGAAAACUCUGCAGUCAGGGAAUCUCUCCACAGAUAGCCUAUCUUCAGCACAGUGGUCUGCUCUGGUGUUCGUCUUACUGACAUCAAAAAAAGAUCUGGACGUGUUUGACCUGAAGAAAUACUCAGCUUCAAAGGAGGUUCUACUGAGGCUGAUGCCAGUGGUCAAAGCAUCCAACAAGGCUCUGCUUGGUGGCUGUGAUCUCUCAGAAGAGAGCUGCAAAGCUUUGUCAGAAGUCCUCAGCUCCCCGUCCUCCAGUCUAAGAGAGUUGGACCUGAGUAACAACAACCUGGAGGAUUCAGGAGUGAAGUUUCUAUCAGAAGGACUGAAGAGUCCACAUUGCAAACUGGAAACUCUAAGGUUGUCAGGCUGUCUAUUAACAGAAGAGAGCAGUAAUCAUCUAGCUGAAGCACUGGGUCCCCGCUCCCGACUGAAAAAGCUGGAUCUGAGCUACAAUCAUCUUGGAGCCUCAGGAGAAAAGAUUCUGACAGAUAAAAAAUCAGAAUCCAAACUGGAGACUGUCAUCAGAUUGGAUCCUGCAGGAUCGAGAUGGUUGAAACCUGGUUUAAGAAAAUAUUCCGUUCAACUCAAAAUUGACGCAAAAACAGUCAGCAAAGAUCUCAAAGUAUCUGAGCAAAACAGAAGAGUAACAAGCGGGGAAGCAGACGUGCCUUAUCCUGAUGAUCCGGCGAGAUUUGAUCAUCCUCAGCUGCUUUGUGAAAAUAAACUGGAAGGUCGCUGUUACUGGGAGGUCAAAUGGAAAGGGGCGGUUUUCAUAUCUGUGAGUUACAAAAAUAUUCAGAGGAAAGGAGAUAAGGAUGACUGUGUGUUGGGAGGGAACAGUCAGUCCUGGAGUCUGGGCUGCUCUGAAGGUGAUGGUUACUCUGUUUGGCACAAUAAUGAGAAAACACCCUGCACCCCUACAGCGGUCUCUGAAAGAGUAGCAGUAUAUGUAGACUAUGAAGCUGGCAUUCUGUCCUUUUACAACAUAUCCUCUGACAAACUGAUCCACCUCCACACCGUCAACAACAAGUUUACAGAACCUCUUUAUCCUGGGUUUGCAUUUUGGACUCAUGGUUCCACUGUGUUACUGUGA